AUUAGUUGUAACUCCUCGAACAACAUUUCAAAACUCCUACGUUUCUUUGGUUAACAGUGAAAGCACCAUUAGCACCACGUUGAGCCACGUAGCUAGCUGCUAUUUAUGUCGUCCGUAGUCCCCUCACCAGCCCUAACGGAUAGGUAAAUAUCCUAUUAAGCCAUCACUGCACAAUACAGUGACCACAGGUCUGCCGGCCUCGUCCUGCCCUGAAACACACCUCCGCUGACAGACCAAUCAUCAAACCGCUUCACCUUCGCCAUUUGUUUAAAAUUUUGUCCACACCUUGUGUCAAUCACACACACACUCAAGAAGAGUAAAAACACAACACACGUUUGCAGCAAGUAUGGCCAGCAUGCUCUCCCGCUUUGGAAAAAUUCUCUUGCGCCGCCGCACUUUAGACUUUUCCAGCGAAGAGACCCGCUUCGCUCGAUGCCUGUCCACCCUAGACCUCAUCGCCUUGGGGGUGGGCUCCACACUGGGCGCCGGUGUCUACGUGCUUGCCGGCGAGGUGGCCCGAGAGAAAGCCGGGCCCGCCAUUGUGCUCUGCUUCCUCAUCGCCGCGCUCUCCUCCAUGUUGGCCGGCCUAUGCUAUGCAGAAUUUGGAGCUCGUGUCCCCAAGACGGGCUCAGCAUACCUCUACAGCUACGUGACGGUCGGAGAAGUCUGGGCCUUCAUCACUGGGUGGAACCUCAUACUCUCCUAUGUGAUAGGUACUGCGAGUGUGGCCCGUGCGUGGAGUUCUACCUUUGACAAUCUCGUAGAGCAGAAGAUCUCUGUCUUCUUUAAAGCCUCCAUGACCAUGAAGGUGCCUGGAAAAGUAUUGGCGGAGUACCCCGACCUGUUUGCCCUCAUACUGGUGCUGCUGCUUACUGGACUCCUGGCCUUUGGCGUGAGCGAGUCAGCGCUGGUAAACAAGAUCUUCACCGGCAUCAACUUGGUGGUCCUGGGCUUCGUGAUCAUCUCGGGCUUUGUUAAAGGAAACACGGCAAACUGGAACUUGACGUUGGAUGACUAUAAUGGUUUCCUUAACAGCACCAACGGAAGCGGGUCUGCAACUAUUGACAAGCAAUUUGGGACCGGCGGUUUUGCACCGUUCGGCCUCGCUGGUGUCCUGUCUGGUGCCGCCACCUGCUUCUAUGCCUUUGUGGGCUUUGACUGCAUCGCCACCACAAGCGAGGAGGCCAAGAAUCCCAUGCGCUCCAUACCCAUCGGCAUCGUGGCCUCGCUUCUCAUCUGCUUCUUUGCCUACUUUGGCGUGUCUGCCGCUCUAACUCUCAUGAUGCCCUACUACGAGCUGAACAUGCAGAGCCCCCUGCCCGAAGCUUUUACCUACGUGGGCUGGGCUCCAGCCCGCUACAUCGUGGCCGUGGGCUCCCUCUGCGCUCUGUCCACCAGCUUGCUUGGCUCCAUGUUCCCUAUGCCCCGCGUCAUCUACGCCAUGGCGGAGGACGGGCUGCUGUUCCGUUCUUUGUCCAGGAUGAACCUUCGCACCAAGACUCCUCUGCUGGCCACCAUUGUUUCUGGCAUUGUCGCAGCUCUGAUGGCCUUCCUGUUCGACCUCGCAGCGUUGGUUGACCUCAUGUCCAUCGGAACUCUGCUAGCAUACUCGCUAGUGGCCAUCUGUGUUCUCAUCCUCAGGUACCAACCAGGAACCUUGAACUCGUCCAGCCAGACAGAGAAGCUAGUGGAGCUCGUAGAAGGCGAGAAGGUGGCAGUAAGCGGCGGGGACAGCGGCGAUGAGUACACUGAGAACGAGGAAAAGCCCCUCCAGGAGGCUUUCACUUUCAAGCUGCUCUUCUGCCCGAGCGGAAAGACCCCCACGCAGACCUCGGGGACAAUCGUCUACGCCACCACCGCCGUCAUCUCCAUCUUGAUCACCGUACUGUGCAUCAUCCUGGCCAACUGUCUGCAGCAGCUGCUGGACGGAAAUGGAAUCGUGGUGGCGACUUGUGUCAUUUUGGCUCUGCUGUGCGGAGUCUGCCUUAUCAUCAUCUGCAGGCAGCCCGAGAGCAAGGAGGCCCUGACCUUCAAGGUUCCUCUGCUCCCUUGGUUGCCUCUCUUCAGCGUCUUUGUCAACAUCUACCUCAUGAUGCAGCUUGAUCAGGGCACCUGGUGUCGCUUCACCGUCUGGAUGGUCAUCGGUUUCAUCAUCUACUUCGCCUACGGCAUCAAGAACAGCAGCGCCAACCGGUCGACCCCGCGCAAAUACGAGCCGGCCCUGCAGUCCAAGAGCCCCAUUUACAAGGGAGCCCCCGACGACAGCGACGCGGAGGGCGGCAGCAGCCCCUGAUGGCUACUGACCUGGUCUUGGAGAAGGUGGGGAGCGGGGGAGGGCGGAGCUUGAAAGAAGGGAGGAAGAGGCCACAAAUCUUUACCUCUAAACUUGACGAUUAAGACACUGUGACGUGUUGCUCUGUAGUUUGUUUGUAGUUAGCAACGUUAGCCCUCGCUCUUAACGCUUUGACUGUGAUUGUGAGGAUUGCUUUCCUUCCUUGAGGGAUGAUGGACUUGUAUCAUUGUCCAGUUGAAGACUUGAUUGCACCAGCCUGUUGCUUUGUGUCUGCUGUGCGUGCUUAUAAAGAGAGUAGUGCUGAAGCUAACAGGCUACAGUCCAUAGUGGACUUAAAGCUGUGAGGUCACUAGCACACCAUCCGUGUUGAUGUCAUCUACACAACUCUAAAGUUUUUAGUAUCAGACCCCUUUUUUAUUUAAAAAAUACAUUCAUUAUUGAGUCUGAGGUCAAACUUGAGGUUCCAACAUGAGUUGCUGCACUGUAAAUACACCUUUAACUUAACAGGUUGUUACAUUGUGCAAAUGAUUUCAAUUGACUUUAAAAAAAAACAAUGCUUUUCCACUACACAGUAGCUUAAAACAGAGCAACUGCGAAUACCGAGCCUCAUUGAACGCAUCAGUCACAACAAUGGACAGGGAAAAACUAAGGGCUUGUUUACGCAUUAGUCGGCACGCUAACAGUAGGCAGAAAAUGACUUAAUGUUAUCCGAGAGGAGACUUAGGGCUUAGUUACGCCUUAGUCAGAAAGCUAACAAUACGCAGAAAAUUAGUUGAGGUUAUCUGAGAGGAGACUAACGCACUAGGUGAGACGCUAGCAACAGUAAGCAUAAAAAUGAUUUAGGUUAUCCGAGACUAUGGGCCUGGUUACACGUGAGUUGGAAUGCUAACAACAAAUGACUUAAGGUUAUCUGAGAGGAGACUAAGGGCUCUGUCACGCAUUAGUCGGAAUGCGAACAACAGUUGGCAUUAAAUGAUAAGUUACCCGAGAGGAGACAACAGCGCACUGAGCCGUUUUAACCACGCCAGGCUGGUGCCUAAGUAAGGUACCAAAUGCCCAGCGAGUGUUGCGGCAAAGUGGAGAUUGCGGAGCAUAGAAAGUCACAGCAACUGGAAUGUUGAAACAACCAGCAGUCUGCUCAGCUGACCAUUAAAUAGUACCUCCAAUAUCCUGUUGGUACUGUGCAGUGGAAAGCGUAUUGUUAGACACCAAAACUUUUCAUUCAGAUUUAGGGAACUUAACGAGUUUGUUAUUGAUUGAUGAAUGUGUGGAAGCUGGAGGGUUUUUACAACGAGAAUCCGCCUCAUGGCUAACAUUUUGUCGUUUGUUGUUGAAUUUCCUUGUGGGUUUUAGUUUCAACUGAAACUUGGCAGCUUUGUCUGUUAAGUUUGUUUCUUUCCUCAAGUAGAGUUGUCCAUAUUUGAACGUGCAUUAUAGAAGUGUGGGGAAAAUUCUUGCCAUUUAUCACAAUCAGUUCAUAUCUAUAUAGACAGGGAUGUUUUUUUUUAAACCGUGGCAUGUACAUUUUUCAAGUUUGGGCUUCCCCCAUAAGUGUAAAAAAAACAUGAUUUUAUUGAUCAUAACAUAAUAUUGGCUUUUCUAUUCCUGUUUGUCGUGAUACAUUCAUGUCUGUAUCUUGUCAUCAUUUUAACGUUUGUACAUUUAUUGUUUUGGGGGUUUUUUUUUUAGAGGGAAAGUCUGAUCUAAGUUAUCCUUUUUGACUAAAACAAAUGAAAUACUUCUGCUUUAUGAAGAGUUGGUCUCUAAAUUAUGUCCCCCUGGGAUUUAUAAUGUAUGUGCUUUACUGUAUAUUGUACAGUAUUUGUGUACAAUUAUUUAUAUAAUGUUGUAAAUUUAAUGACUGCCCCCUAUACCAAAAGCUGUUGAAAAGUUUUGUUUUGUUGAUUUUAUUCAAUAAGCAAUGUCUGAAGAAUCUUCUAUGUGAUAGGGAAGCACAAAGGCUGGUUGAGCAGAUUUCAAAAUGUUAACAUGACACAGCUACGCCUCAAUUUUGCAUCCAGCCCUCGUGCCUUUCUCAACUAUCAUUACCCUUCUUUUAUUUUGCUAAUUGAAAUUUGUUUUAUAAACUGUACAUAUAGCUGUCAUGUAAAAAUAAACCAUGCUGUACUUUCGAGUAUUUUUUUUUUUUUUAAA